AUUAUUUUCCUUUCCUUCACUCAUUAGAAGAGUAUAUAAACACCAUUCUCCAUAACCAAAAACACGAUUAUCAAAUCGUAAUCGAUAACCCAACCGCUAUAACCGUAAACCCUUCACAAUUACCAUAUCGAAAUCUCUAAAACCCUAAACCCUUCUGUGCAUCGCUUUGUCAUAGCCAUGUAUCUCUACAAUCUCACUCUGCAACGACCCACCGGCAUUGUCUGUGCAAUCAACGGCAACUUCUCCGGCUCAGACGACGGUAUUACCCAAGAAAUCGUCGUCGCCAGAGGCAAGGUUCUCGAACUUCUUCGCCCCGACAAAUUUGGCCGCAUUCAAUCAAUCCUUUCCGUCCAAGUUUUCGGCACCAUUCGCUCCCUGUCUCAGUUCCGUCUCACCGGAGCUCAGAAAGACUUCAUCGUCGUCGGUUCUGACUCCGGCAGAAUCGUAAUCCUUGAUUACAACAAACAGAAAAACGUUUUUGAUAAAAUUCACCAAGAAACUUUUGGGAAAUCAGGUUGCCGGAGAAUUGUUCCUGGUCAGUAUCUUGCAAUUGAUCCUAAAGGUAGAGCUGUUAUGAUUGCUGCUUGUGAAAAAAAGAAGCUUGUUUAUGUUUUGAAUAGAGAUAGUUUAGCUAGGUUAACAAUUUCUUCGCCUUUAGAAGCAAAUAAAUCUCAUACUAUUGUUUUUUCAAUUUGUGCUGUUGAUUGUGGUUUUGAAAAUCCUAUAUUUGCUGCUAUUGAAUUGGAUUGUUCUGAUGCUGAUCAGGAUGCUACUGGUGUGGCAGCUUCUCAAGCUCAGAAGCAUUUGAUUUUUUAUGAACUUGAUUUGGGUCUUAAUCAUGUUUCUAGGAAGUGGUCUGAUCAGGUUGAUAAUGGUGCUAAUAUGCUUGUGACUGUUCCUGGUGGUGCUGAUGGCCCUAGUGGGGUGCUUGUUUGUGCUGAAAAUUUUGUUAUUUAUAAGAAUCAGGGUCAUCCGGAUGUUAGGGCUGUGAUUCCAAGACGUGCUGAUUUGCCUGCCGAGCGUGGUGUUCUCAUUGUUUCGGCUGCUAUGCAUAAAACGAAGAAUUUGAAACCUGAGGAGUUUAAAUUGUUCUUCCUUUUGCAGACUGAGUAUGGUGAUAUCUUUAAGGUAACUUUGACUGACGGUGGUGGUGACCGUGUCUCUGAAUUGAAUAUUAAGUAUUUUGAUACUAUUGCUGUUGCUGUAUCAAUUUGUGUGCUCAAGUCGGGGUUCUUGUUUGCAGCUUCCGAGUUUGGGAAUCAUGCAUUGUAUCAAUUUAAGGGAAUAGGGGAUGAUGAUAAUGAUGUGGUAGCAUCGUCUGCGAGUCUGAUGGAAACAGAAGAGGGUUUUCAGCCUGUGUUUUUCCUGCCAAGGAGACUCAAAAACCUUGUUAGGAUUGACCCAGUUGAGAGUUUAAUGUCUAUCAUGGAUAUGAAGGUCAGUAAUCUCUUCGAAGAAGAGACUCCUCAAAUUUUUACUCUUUGUGGGCGCGGUCCUCGGUCUUCUUUGAGGAUCAUGAGAACUGGUUUGGCGGUUAGUGAGAUGGCGGUUUCCAAGCUUCCUGGUAUACCUAGUGCUGUUUGGACCGUGAAGAAGAAUGUUAUGGAUGAGUUUGAUUCGUAUAUCGUUGUGUCCUUCACAAAUGCCACACUUGUGCUUUCCAUUGGUGAGACUGUCGAAGAAGUCAGCAACAGUGGUUUUCUGGAUACUGCUCCAUCCCUUGCCGUUUCUUUGAUUGGCGAUGAUUCUAUCAUGCAGGUUCAUCCAAAUGGUAUUAGGCAUAUUAGGGAGGACGGCCGUACGAAUGAGUGGCAAACUUCUGGAAAGAGGACAAUUGCAAAAGUUGGGUCCAAUAGACUUCAGGUUGUUAUUGCGCUGAACGGAGGGGAGCUUGUAUAUUUUGAAGUCGAUGUAACUGGUCAGUUGAUGGAGGUGGAGAAGCAUGAAAUGUCAGGAGAUGUUGCUUGUUUGGAUAUUGCUCCAGUGCCUAAAGGCAGACUAAGAUCCCGUUUUCUUGCAGUUGGCUCAUAUGACAAUACGAUCCGAAUCUUAUCACUGGAUCCCGAUGAUUGUAUGCAGACUCUAAGUAUACAAAGUCUUUCUUCAGCUCCGGAAUCUCUUCUUUUCCUUGAAGUCCAAGCAUCUGUUGGUGGUGAGGAUGGUGCAGAUCAUCCUGCUAGCCUUUUCCUAAGUGCUGGUUUGCAGAGUGGUGUCUUGUCUAGAACUGUGGUGGAUACGGUCACAGGUCUUCUUUCUGAUGCCCGUUCCCGAUUCUUAGGAUUAAAAGCCCCAAAGCUGUUUCCAAUUAUUUUAGGAAGAAAGUGUGCAAUGCUUUGCCUGUCAAGUCGACCUUGGCUUGGUUAUAUUCACCAAGGACAUUUCCUUUUAACGCCCCUUUCAUAUGAAACCCUUGAAUAUGCUGCCUCAUUUUCAUCUGACCAAUGUUUGGAAGGUGUAGUGUCUGUUUCUGGCGAGGCAUUGAGGAUUUUUACCGUUGAAAGGUUAGGAGAAACAUUUAAUCAGACUGUUAUUCCUCUUAGAUACACGCCAAGGAAAUUGGUGCUGCAACCGAAACGAAAACUUCUGGUGGUGAUUGAGAGUGAUCAAGGAGCACUUACUGCAAAAGAGCGUGAAGCUGCAAGGAAAGAGUGUUUUGAGGCUGCUCAGACUGGGGAAAAUGCGACUGGAAGUGAAGAUCAAAUGGAGAAUGAUGGGGAGGAUGAGGAUCAAGGCGAUUCCCUCUCUGACGAGCAUUACGGCUAUCCAAAAUCUGAAUCAGAUAAGUGGGUAUCCUGCAUCAGAGUUCUUGAUCCAAGGACAGGAAAUACGACAUGUCUUCUGGAGCUUCAGGAGAAUGAGGCUGCAUUCAGCAUAUGCACCGUAAAUUUUCAUGACAAGGAGUACGGAACCCUUUUAGCUGUUGGCACAGCAAAGGGGCUGCAGUUUACACCCAAAAGGAGUUUAACUGUUGGAUUUAUUCAUAUAUAUAGGUUUCUAGAUGAUGGAAGGUCUCUUGAACUUCUUCACAAAACUCAGGUUGAGGGUGUUCCUCUUGCUCUAUGUCAGUUUCAAGGAAGAUUACUUGCAGGAAUAGGACCUGUGCUCAGGCUAUAUGAUUUGGGAAAAAGACGAUUAUUAAGAAAAUGUGAGAAUAAGUCAUUUCCCAUUUCGAUUGUCUCUAUUCAUGCCUACCGUGAUCGAAUUUAUGUAGGUGACAUCCAAGAGUCUUUCCAUUACUGCAAGUAUAGACGGGAUGAAAACCAACUUUACAUAUUUGCUGAUGAUUCCGUUCCAAGAUGGCUUACUGCAUCAUACCACAUAGAUUUUGACACCAUGGCAGGUGCAGACAAAUUUGGAAAUAUUUUUUUUGCACGGUUGCCUCAGGAUGUUUCUGAUGAGGUAGAAGAAGAUCCUACUAGUGGGAAGAUCAAGUGGGAGCAGGGAAAGCUGAAUGGAGCUCUCAAUAAGGUUGAAGAAAUUGUACAAUUCCAUGUAGGGGAUGUGAUCACAAGCUUGCAAAAAGCUGCUCUUGUACCAGGUGGUGGAGAGUGCAUUGUAUAUGGAACCGUUAUGGGAUGUGUUGGCGCAUUACACGCGUUUACUUCACGAGAUGAUGUUGAUUUCUUUUCUCAUUUGGAGAUGCAUAUGAGACAGGACAAUCCUCCUUUGUGUGGAAGAGACCACAUGGCUUAUAGAUCUGCCUAUUUUCCUGUUAAGGAUGUGCUUGAUGGGGACCUAUGUGAGCAAUUCCCAACAUUGCCGAUGGAUUUGCAGAGAAAAAUUGCUGAUGAAUUGGACAGGACCCCUGGAGAGAUACUAAAGAAACUUGAGGAACUACGAAAUAAGAUUAUUUAACAAAUGCUUGUAGAGAGGGGAAAAUUCUGCACUUGUGCAAUAUUUUUAAGAGACCUGCAAAAGGUCAUUUACUUUUUCCCGCUUUGAUUGGUUAUGUCUUCAAAUCGUUCUGGUAGCUUCCUGUAGUGAUCACCGUUGGCAUCUCAUGGGUUUUUGUCCUUUCAUUCUUGCUAAUGAAACUAUAGAGAUUUGUUAUAUAUAUAUAUAUAUAUAUAUAUAUAUAUUAGUUAGAGGGAAGAUGAAAUACUACAUGUUUGUCCUUCAGAUUAGAACUUUUGUAGCUAAUGUUGUGGUUUAUAGAUGAGUUUUUAUGUUGCCAUGUAGCAAAUCUUAUAUUAUUUUAAGUUUUAUUAAGGAGGAUAGGAGUGGCUUUUACUGAUUGGUACAUAUGAAAGAAUAGUAAUGGGAAGGUUGUCCAGGUUGAGGUCUGGAACGAAAAAAGGCGGCCGUAAGCAAUC